AUGUCGUCAGAUCUUGUACAGUCGACCCUCGGUGGUGGUGAGAGCUACAUCUCACCCACUACAAACCUUCAACCUGACUCUCCAGAAUAUGGGAAGGUUGAGGCUAUGGUGGGCAGAAUCAUGGACUUCAUGUGUCAACAGUUCCGCAACAUGAAUGAUCGCCUUUCUGAGCUCAAAAUCGAGGUCGGCGAGAUCAGCGGCUCUAAAACGAUGUUAGCUCUUGAUCUAAUCAAUGAGCGCUUGAGCCAUUUCGAUGAUAUCAAUGCACGCUUCAACGAGGCCGGCAUGCUUGAUCACGGGAACAUCAGGGCCCUUGAUGUCUUCAACGGGCGUCUCUUCAGCAUUGAAGAGGACAUCAAAUGUCUCAAACACGCCAUCCAAGGCACCGCCGACGAGUCUGACGACUCCAUCAAGCGCUACCUCGGCAAGAUUGAUGAUCGUCUUAGCAAUCUGGAAAGCAACCUGCACCGCCUGGAGGACAGGAUGUUUGCCAACCUCGAUGGUGCGAUUGAUGACGAAACGGGCUUCAUUACGGUCGUGAUGGACGCCCUUGAUUUCCAAAAGCUCGACGCGAUGAACCCGACCGAGAUAGCGCAGAAGCUUCGCGAAAAGGGCUCAGGCUGGAAGAUUGAAAGUAUCAAGCUGAAGGCUCCCAAGACCGCCGACCAGCAACACCAAGUCAUCAUCAAUUUCUUGACUAGGGAGUCAGAGGCGUACAUGCGGCAGCACAUUUCAGAGAUGAGUGAGCUUUUCGGUCUUGAGCACGGUGUCUAUUGCCUUUCGCCAGUCUAUACCCUGCACGUCGAGCAUCUGGUGCCACACUUGUCCAAAGGAGGCAUGGGACACAAAGAAUUGGAAGAAGCUCUUCUCAAAGCCCUGGGUGUAAAAGACAUCAAAGCGAAGGUAACAUACGAACGCAUGCUACUCAAGACCCAGGACUUCGAUCUUGUCAGUCAGCUUUGCUUCACAGGCGUGACUCUGCUUGGUCAUUACUACGAGAUUGUACCAUUUUGCGUUCAAGGUACUCCGCUCUUUUGCUACAGAUGCUGGAAGACAGGCCAUUUCAAGGAUGACUGCACCGUCAGUGUCAUGCUGUGCGGGCGGUGUUCAGGUGCCCAUGAUACAAGGGGCUGCAAGGCGGCUGCUCGCUGCUGCAACUGCAAUGGCCCUCAUGUCACCUGGUCACCGGAGUGCACAAUCAGUUUAUCCAGGGAGGAGCACCGAGCGUCGGCUUGGUAUCGACAGCUCGUCCCUCACUGGGCUAAGCAUUUGCCCAAGACCGGAAAGCCUAUUCUUCCAACGAUUACCAAGACUAAGCCGGCGAAGGCAAAGGCGAAUCCCGCUGAAAGCUCGCCUGCUAAGUCUGGUGAACAAAGCGGCGCAUCUUCUUCCAAGGCGGCCGAGAAACGACCGGUUGGUAGGCCGAAAGCGCUGCUAUCCAAGGAGUCUGGGCAACGGACGCUUGGCCACUUCUUGAAGACUGGGGGAAUCGGAUCAUCUCCUGCCACCUCCAAGAAACCUUCUUCGUCUCCAGACGCAGACAUGACCGGUACGGAUACUGCCCCUCUCCCGCGCAGCGAGGGGACAGGAGUUCCAAGCCCCAACAGUCAGCCCUUGACAGCCAAUGCUAGUAGCUCUUCUGUCAGUGACGUUGGCAACUCUCUUAUGGCCAUGGAGAUGGACACAGACACCACAUCAUCUUCGACGCCGAGUGCUAGUCAGUCUUCUGGAAGUUAUGGUGAUAGUGGCGCUGCAGAUAUGGAUAUUGAUACAGCUAGCACAGCCAACAACGAGCCGGCUGGAAGCGAAGCACCCGGGGCCGAGCAGUCAAAGCCCAGCAGCAGUACCCAGGCCAAGAGCGAUCCGAAAGGGGGCAAACAAGGAAACAAUAACAACAGCAACAAGAACAGCAACAACAAUAGCAAGAAGGCCAAUAAGAACAACAACAAAAACAAGAAUAACAGCGCCGCCAAGCAAACGACAACCCAGACAAGUACGCCAUCUUUAGUACCCAAUACCUCUCAACAAGAAACUGGUAAUAAGCCCGACGGUGCGAGCGGAAAGAAAAAGCCUUUUUCCUGGAGAGAGCACAAGGGGAAGAAAAAGGCACAGAAACAGGCAGAUAAAUCUGCAUCAGCCAACACUACCCCUGCUCCUGUUAGCGACGCUCCUGGCGUUCCUUCUUCCCCAGCUCCUCUUUCUACCACGCCUCUGGAUUCUGGUAUCAUUUCGACACCCAUACCUCCAGCCGGUGCUACGUCUGCACCAGCUACGCCUUUGCCUGGUGUGUCUGUACCUGAUGCGUCACGUUCCAACCGCCAGUCCACCCUCUACUACCAGCGGUUCUUCUGCCCUAUGUUUCCUACUUUCAGCAACUUGUUGCUACCGCCUCCCGUUGGUGGUAUCGCCCAACCUUCGGGCUUCAACUUCGAAGAGAUUUCACAGCCGGUGUCUCCCUCCGGCAAGCGCGAAGGGCCACUGAGUAUGCACUCCCCUGAGAAGAGGAGGAAGCCUUCGCGCAGCAUAGAAAAUGGCGAUGAGGCCAAGGUCUUGAAGAAUCCGAAGGUCUUCGAGCAACAACUCAAAGCUGACGAAGAACGCUGGUAUGGCAUCGGCGAUGGGCGCUUGAAGGGUAUAACGACAAUUUGGCACAUAUGCUCUAUCCUGACCCGGUGCUAUCCUGGAGCAUCAUUCAGGAAGUUCAAAUCUCGCAAGGAUGUAGAGGAAUGGAUGCUGCGUGUUCACGGUAUCGAGAGCCCGGACCUUAUUGACUUGGCAGCGGCAAGGGCCGCAGUUGCUAGUGAGGAGGCGGCCGCUGCAGCCGCAUCACUUUCAGCUCUUGCCCCACUUCCUGCCGCUGUCCCCAGUUCAUCUCCUCCGUCGUCUACACCUUGCGACUCUAUGGGUCAGCUCUUUCAACUUCUUCAGCAGAACUUCGGAGAUGCUCGUACAAUGGAGGCUCUCAAGCACCUCCUUUCCGUCCCUGCGGCAUCUUCUACUGCGACGUCUAAUGAAUCGAUCGCUGGUGGCUCUGGAGCUCUUCCGGGACCUUCGUCUAGCCCCGAAGAUCCAGUGUUCAGUCCCCGCGCCCCUCAUACUGGGCGCAAGUCUCUAGUAAUCGACUGGACUAGCGACGAAGAUGCAAAUCCAUCGUCUCGUCAGCUCAGGCCGAACGCUGUUCCACUGUCCAGCUCAGCCGCAUCAUCUUCAACCAACUCAACUACUACCGAACCUCGUAUCGGUACCGUCAGACUCGUCCAAUCGUCUGAUCAAGCUCGCUCAGUAAAGAGGGCUCGUCGCACGUCCGGCGACCUCACUUUUGUUUCCAACGCUGCCGAAAUCAACCACCGCUUCGUGAACAUCCAACCAGCUCUCGACCGUCUCAACGAGAUCUUCAUGAGAGGCAAUGCGGUUAUCAUUACUGAGGAUAGAAUCGCCGCCCCGGAAGACGAUGAAGAGCGCUCUGAUACUUUCAUGGGGCUUGACGUUUCUGGUGCAUACACCAAAGUCACUGCUAACCAUGACCUGGGCAUCUCGAUAGUAUGUAAUCCAGGAUGA